AUGAGCACGGAUAUCAUCGUUCUGGCCUUUGAGUGUGAAGACAAAAGCAGCGUGAUCACUAGGAAGAGUGUCAGAAUAGCCAAUGAUUUCCUGGCUUUUCGAAACGGCCUUAUGGAAGCACAAAAAAGAUGUAUUAAAAGGGAAAUGGCAAAAGCACCAGCGAAUCGAUCGCUUGUGAAUGUGCAACUGAAUGGAGCCGAGACGACGCGAAUUAGUUGGGCUUAA